AGUCAAAAUUACCGCCGAUUAGAACGACGCCGUCAGUACGAAAUUUGACCAGUGCCUCGACGAUGUCGGAGCCCGCUGCAGUUGAUCCCGCGCCUUCCAGCGCCCCUCCUUCUACAGAACCAAAGCCCACUGUGUCGUCUACCUCUCCUGAGAGUCCCGCAUCGAUAGAGUCUCUAUUGGCGGAAUUACAGCUGGAACAAGUGGUCAAAACUUUGUGGCGCGCCACAAGCCACGAACCCGCUCGCUUCCGUCUCUCACCGUCACACUGCGUGGUUGAAGCCACCGGUAACAAGCAGCAGACGCUCAAGCUCUCGUGGGGCGAUGUACUGGGCGCCCAUGUGCUCACAGCGGACGGAGAGCUCGUCCAGACGCCUGUGGACGUGCAGAACGACAGGAAGUUCCUGUUGGGCGUCUUCGCCUGCAUAUGCAAGAGCCACAAGCCCAACACGUUGAAAAAGCGACGUCUGGAAGAGUUUUUCUUCAGAUUUACAGGAGACCAGAUGCAACAAGUGCUUAAACUGCAGAAAAUCAUCAACUUUGCGGCGGAUCCGAGGAACCAGGAGAAUGUCGAGAAACUGGAAAGUUUGGACCAGUUGGAAGUCGUCGAGCAGCCGCAGCGCAAAUUCCUGGUGCUGGUGAACCCUGUGAGUGGACCGGGACGAGCGCAGCAGAUCUACGAGAGCAAAGUGGCGCCUGUGCUUCGCUUCGCUAAUGUAGAGACGGAGGUGAAGAUCAUGGACCACGCCAACCAUGCGAUGGAGAUCGUCAUGGACGUACCGUUGGGUGUCUACGACUGUGUGGUGGCAGUUGGUGGAGACGGGAGUCUGUACGAAAUUGUGCAGGGCUUGAUGAAGCGCGCAGACUGGAACGAUGCAAUUCGACAGCCGAUCGGCAUCAUCCCGGGCGGCUCCGGUAACGGUCUGGCGCACUCUAUCGCUCACCAGAGUGAGGAGAAGGGCAAGCCAGUGAACGCUGCGUAUAUCCUGGCAAAAGGUUUGCCUCACGACUUGGACAUCACGUCAGUACGCAACGGAAAGGAGACGACGUACUCGUUCCUGUCCCUUGAAUGGGCCUCGAUCGCCGACGUGGACAUUGGCUCCGAGAAGCUACGUAUGCUGGGCGGACUUCGCUUCACAGUCGCGUUCAUCAAUCAAUUGGUGUUCCAAAGACCGGAGUAUCCCGGUAAAAUCUGGUAUCUGGACGAAGAAGAGAGCCAGGGUCCGCCACGCUACUUUGAUACGCACGAUCCCAAGUCGAACGAACGCCCAGCUAUGGAUCUAUUCGAUGGGGAUCAAGGUCCUCCGAAGGAGACUGAGCCGGAGGACUCGAAGGAUGGCGAAGCUAAAGAGAAGAGAGAAAAGGGUAAAUGGAAGGAACUGGACGGACAUUUCCGUAUCGUGUGGGUCAUGAACGUUUCGCAUGCAGCUUCGGACGCUCUAAUUGCUCCUGGUGCAGGGUUUGAUGAUGGCUACAACUACAUCACGUUCAUGGAUGGCGCUCACUCUCGUAAGGAUCUACUGGCUAUGAUGCUCGCUAUCGAGACGGGUGAUCACAUGGACAAGAAGGGGGUGCAGCAGGUGCGCACGCGAGCCUUCAAGCUUGUUCCAGAGCGAUCCACCGACCUCAUGUGCGUGGACGGAGAGGUGGUGGAAGGCCCGUACCUCGAGGCACAGGUCCACCGCGGCAUGGCGCGUAUUAUGGCUGUCCCUCGUUGGCAGAGCAAGGAGUAAGUCACACUUGAGUUAAGUGCACGGCUAAGCAUGCAGUACAGAACCAAACUGUCACGGAUUAGGUGGAUUAAUCUCUUCGUAGUGAUGCGUUUUCCCAGCAGUUUUUACAAUUCAAAUACGAUCGUAACGCCCUUAUAUUGUUAGUGAGUCCGCCA